CGGCGCGCUAGCUGAGCGUCCGGCCGAACACCGCCGAGGCCCGAGCCCACCCGAGUGUGCCCGAGCCGUCGGCCCCCGCCCGGGGCUAUGGAGCCGGAGCCCGGCGGGGCCGCUGCUGCGCUCCUGCGGCAGAAGAGGGCGGCGCUGCGGCGCAGGGGGUGCAGCUUUGAGAGUCCCAGCACAGCAUCUCAGCCUCCAGGCCCACUAAUGGAUCCGCUGACCAAGGGGUCCUGUGGGAGUCAGCUGGCACAAACCCUCCUCUGGAAAGCGAAGUCAUCUCUCUCCUUCGGCAUCCAGCCCCUUCAGACUUGGCCAACAAAAGACCCUGAACUAGAGUCUCAGGUCAACCUAAGGUGUGUAGCCAGAUCGCUAUGUAUAAUACUGAUGAAGCAUUUUUGUUCCAGCUCUGUCUCAGAAGACCUAGGCUGUAGACGUGGGGAUUUCAGUAGGAAACAUUAUGGAUCUGUGGAGCUGCUUAUCUCUAGUGAUGCUGAUGGAGCCAUCCAAAGAGCAGGAAGAUUCCGAGUGGAAAACGGCUCUACGGACGAGAACGCAGCUGCUCUGCCAGGUACUUGGCGAAGAACAGACGUGCACUUAGAAAACCCAGAGUACCACACCCGGUGGUAUUUCAAGUAUUUCUUAGGACAAGUCCAUCAGAACUACAUUGGAAACGAUGCGGAGAAGAGCCCCUUCUUCUUGUCUGUGACCCUUUCUGACCAGAACAACCAGCGUGUCCCUCAGUACCGUGCAAUUCUGUGGCGGAAAACAGGCACGCAAAAACUAUGCCUUCCCUACAGUCCCACAAAAACGCUGUCUGUGAAGUCCAUCUUAAGUGCCAUGAACCUGGACAAGUUUGAGAAAGGCCCCAGGGAAAUCUUCCAUCCCGAGAUACAGAAGGUACAGGAAGCUGUGGGGCUUCAUAACAACCCAUGGACUCAGUCUCACCUCACCAGGACGGACUUGCUGGUUCUGGAAGAACAAGAGGGCUCUGUGAAUUUCAAAUUCGGAGUCCUUUUUGCCAAAGAUGGGCAGCUCACAGACGACGAGAUGUUCAGCAAUGAAAUUGGAAGUGAAGCUUUUCAAAAAUUUUUGAAUCUCCUCGGUGACACCAUUACUCUAAAGGGCUGGACAGGCUACCGUGGCGGUCUGGACACCAAAAAUAACACCACAGGGAUCAACUCAGUCUAUACUGUGUACCAAGGGCAUGAGGUCAUGUUUCACGUUUCCACCAUGUUGCCGUAUUCCAAAGAGAACAGACAGCAGGUGGAAAGAAAGCGCCACAUUGGAAACGAUAUUGUCACCAUCGUGUUCCAGGAAGGAGAGGAAUCUUCUCCCGCCUUUAAGCCUUCCAUGAUCCGCUCCCAUUUCACACACAUUUUUGCCUUAGUGAGGUAUGACCAGCAAAACGACAAUUACAGGCUGAAAAUAUUUUCAGAAGAAAGUGUGCCACUUUUUGGCCCACCCUUGCCAUCCCCACCAGUGUUUACAGACCACCAGGAAUUCAGGGACUUUUUGCUUGUGAAAUUGAUUAAUGGUGAGAAAGCCACUUUGGAAACCCCAACCUUUGCCCAGAAACGCCGGCGUACUCUGGACAUGUUGAUUCGCUCCUUAUACCAAGAUUUGAUGCCAGACUUGCAUAAGAACAUGCUCAAUCGACGGUCUUUCAGUGAUGUUUUACCCGAGUCCCCCAAGUCAGCACGGAAGAAAGAGGAAGCCCGCCAGGCCGAGUUCGUUAGAAUAGGGCAGGCACUGAAACUCAAGUCCAUUGUGAGAGGGGAUGCCCCAUCAAGCUUGGCAGCCUCAGGGAUGUGUAAAAAAGAGCCUUGGGAGCCCCAGUGUUUCUGCAGUAAUUUCCCUCAUGAAGCCGUGUGUGCAGACCCCUGGGGCCAGGCCUUGCUGGUUUCCACGGAUGCCGGCGUCUUGCUGGUGGACGACGGCCUCCCAUCCAUGCCUGUGUUCGACAGAACUCUGCCCGUGAAGCAGAUCCACGUGCUGGAGGCCCUGGACCUUCUUGUCCUCCGAGCAGACAAAGGGAAAGAUGCCCGCCUGUUCGUCUUCCGGCUGAGUGCGGUGCAGAAAGGCCUUGAUGGCAGGCAGACUGGAAGGAGCAGAUCUGACUGCCGAGAAAACAAGCUGGAGAAAACCAAAGGUUGUCACCUAUAUGCUAUUAACACUCACCACAGCAGAGAACUGAGGAUCGUGGUUGCAAUUCGCAAUAAACUGCUUCUCAUCACAAGGAAACAACACAACAAGCCAAGUGGGGUGCCGGGUGCCUCGCUCCUGUCCCCUCUGUCGGAGUCACCUGUUGAGGAAUUCCAGUACAUCAGGGAGAUCUGUUUGUGUGACUCCCCAGCAGUGAUGACCUUAGUGGACGGGCCAACCGAGGAGAGUGACAACCUCAUCUGUGUGGCAUACCGGCAUCAGUUCGACGUGGUAAAUGAGAGCACAGGAGAAGCCUUUAGGCUGCAUCACGUGGAGGCCAACAAGGUUAAUUUUGUCGCAGCUAUUGAUGUAUAUGAAGAUGGGGAAGCCGGCCUGCUCCUAUGCUACAACUACAGUUGCAUCUAUAAAAAGGUUUGCCCCUUUAAUGGUGGCUCUUUUUUGCUUCAACCCUCGGCAUCGGAUUUCCAGUUUUGUUGGAACCAGGCUCCAUAUGCAAUUGUCUGCGCCUUCCCGUACCUCCUGGCCUUCACCACCGACUCCAUGGAGAUCCGCCUGGUGGUGAAUGGGAACCUGGUCCACACAGCAGUUGUGCCCCAGCUGCAGCUCGUGGCCUCCAGGUCAGACAUAUACUUCACAGCAGCCACGGCUGUGCACGAGGGCUCAUCUGCCAGCAGCUCCAAGGGGGCCAGUGCCCACACGUCUCCUCAGACACCUCCGGCCCGGGAUACUCCGCUGUUCCCUUCUUCCCUGGGGGAAGGUGAAGUUCAGUCUAAAAAUCUGUACAGGAUUCCACUCAGAAACCUUGUGGGCAGAAGCAUCGAGCGGCCUCUGAAGUCGCCCCUGGUGUCCAAGGUCAUCACGCCGCCCACCUCCAUCAGCCUUGGCAUUGCUGCCAUCCCUGUCACUCACUCCCUGUCCCUGUCGCGCAUGGAAAUCAAAGAAAUAGCAAGCAGGACCCGCAGGGAACUGCUAGGUCUCUCUGAUGACGGUGGACCCAGGUCAGAAGGAGCAGCACCAAGGGCCAGAUCAAAACCCCGGAAACGCUUAGAAGAAGGUCAAGGAGACCCCAAGCCAGAGGCUGUGAGGUCAGCUAGCAGUGACAGGAUCCCAUCUGGAGUUUUGGAAAGUCCUGCUUCUGAAGCCAAUGCUGAGGGCCGUAACCACUCGGCAAGCUCUGACCAGGACCUGGUGGUGGACAAAGAGGCCAGCUCAGGCUCAGGCAGCAGCCCCUUCCAGCUCAUGGCCUCCUCAGAGGAAGACAUCAUCGAUUUGAAAUAGUGUGUCUCGUCGGCCACCCUUAGUUUCCGUACGCAGGUUUAUACUGUCAGCAGCUCCAGCAUCCUGGCUCAACCAAGUGCCCCUUCAGCCGGGCCGCCAUCUACUGGACCAAACUCCCACACCCUCAGCCAGCUGGGUCACUCUCCGGCGGAGUCCAGUGCCGUCCUUCUUGACCCUUGUUUCUCCCAUUCAAGAACCGUCAGUCCCCUUGUAAUAAAGGUGGUAGAUUUCAUUGAGGUCUUAGAUCAAAACUUUGAAUAAAUCAAAAAUGUUCAUUCUUA